CCCUGAAAGCAGCCGAGUGGCUCGAGUCUCGUGAGGCCCCUUGCGCCGCCCCGCUCGCCCCGCCCCCGGGGGCCGGGCCGCGCAGACCAGGAGCGCGAGGCGGGCUGGGUGUUUGCAUACAAAGGCGGCCAAGCGUGCGGCGCCGCAAGGCUCAAACCAUGAACUACGUCGGGCAGCUGGCAGGCCAGGUGUUUGUCACCGUGAAGGAGCUCUACAAGGGGCUGAACCCUGCCACCCUGUCCGGAUGCAUUGACAUCAUCGUGGUCCGCCAGCCCAACGGGAACCUGCAGUGCUCCCCCUUCCACGUCCGCUUUGGGAAGAUGGGGGUCCUGCGUUCCCGAGAGAAGGUGGUUGACAUAGAAAUCAAUGGGGAAGCAGUGGAUUUGCACAUGAAAUUGGGAGAUAAUGGAGAAGCAUUUUUUGUUCAAGAGACUGAUAACGAUCAGGAGGUGAUCCCCGUGCACCUGGCCACCUCCCCGAUCCUGUCGGAAGGAGCCUCGAGGAUGGAGUCCCAGCUGAGGAGGAGCUCCGUAGAUUGGAUGAGAAGCCUGGACCCCAACACGUCAGUGCAGGUCUUACCUCCCAGCGAGACCCCUUCAAGUGGCUCUUUAGUGAAGAAGCGAAGGAAGAGGAGGAGGAAGUUGCAGCUGGACAGCCUGAAGCGGGACGACAACACGAACACGUCCGAGGAUGAAGACAUGUUCCCCAUAGAGAUGAGCUCGGAUGAGCUGCAGGACAACAGUAGAACUCUUUCUAAUGAUAUACCUCCAUUCCAAGGAGAUAUCCCUAAGGAAAACCUUUCCUCAGUCAUGACUUACCUUCAGUCAGCAUCUUACCCAAAUUCCGACAGAGAGUGGUCACCUAGUGCCAGUAGCCUGACAGAUUGCAGGGGGAGCCCCCCUCGUCUGACAGCUGCGGCUGAGGGCGGUCUUUCUAGUUCUUGCCCUCCACAGUCUUCCCACUUCCACGCUUCGGAAAGUCCUUCAGUUUCCCGACCUUCAACACCUAAAAGUGAUUCGGAAUUGGUCAGCAAGUCUGUGGACAGGACAAUGCAAAAGGAUAAUCUAGAAAUGCUCUGGCUUUGGGGAGAAUUGCCCCAAGCCGCAAAGUCAUCUGCACACAAGAUGAAAGAGUCCAGCCCGCUGAACAGUAGAAAAGUCUGUGAUGAGAUGCACUUUCAAGCCAUCCACAGUGAAUCUUCAGACGCGUUUAGUGACCAGUCACCGACACUGGCUGGGGCGUCUCCCGUGCAGCCGCUGUUGGAGCAGAACAAUCCGCAGACGGAGAUUCAGUUCGCGAACGAAGAAGAUGUUGAGGCCUUAGGAGCUGCAGCGCCCCCGUUGCCUACGAUUGAAGAGUCCAAAGCCCUCUCCGCCAGUGCUGCCCCCGCAGCCAGCAAGACGGAUUCGCCUUCUAGGAAAAAGGACAAACGGAGCAGACACCUUGGUGCCGACGGCGUCUACCUGGAUGACCUCACAGACAUGGAUCCUGAAGUCGCUGCCCUGUAUUUUCCCAAAAACGGAGACCCUUCUGGGCUCACAAAACACGCCAGCGACAACGGAGCCCGCUCAGCCAACCAGUCCCCGCAGUCCGUGGGCAGCUCUGGCGCUGACAGUGGCAUGGAGAGCACCUCGGACAGCCUGAGGGACCUGCCGUCCAUCGCCAUCUCCCUGUGCGGCGGCCUCAGCGACAACAGGGAGAUCACCAAAGAUGCGUUUUUGGAACAAGCUGUGUCAUAUCAGCAGUUUGUGGACAACCCUGCCCUCAUUGACGACCCCAAUCUUGUGGUGAAGAUCGGGAAUAAGUACUAUAACUGGACGACGGCGGCACCUCUGCUCCUGGCGAUGCAGGCCUUCCAGAAACCUUUGCCAAAGUCUUCAUGCUUAAGUUAUCUUAAUGUAAUUUUGGACUCCAUUAGGUUUUGCUUCUCAAAAAUUUUUAAUUCACAAAUAGCCACGGUGGAAUCUAUCAUGAGGGAUAAGAUGCCCAGAAAGGGAGGAAGAUGGUGGUUUUCAUGGAGGGGAAGAAACAGCACAAUCAAAGAGGAAAGUAAGCCAGAGCAGUGCCUAGCAGGAAAGAGCCACAGCACUGGGGAGCAGCCGUCACAGCUGGGCAUGGCCACCAGAAUAAAGCAUGAGUCAUCCUCCAGUGAGGAGGAACACGCGUCCGCCAGGCUGCCCAGCACGAGCCGCCCCCCCCUGCUGUCCAGCGUUGGCUACAAGAAGACCCUGCGCCUCACGUCAGAGCAGCUGAAAAGCCUGAAGUUGAAGAACGGACCCAACGACGUGGUCUUCAGCGUCACCACGCAGUACCAGGGCACGUGCCGCUGCGAAGGCACCAUCUACUUGUGGAACUGGGACGAUAAGGUUAUCAUCUCUGACAUCGAUGGAACCAUCACUAGAUCAGAUACUCUUGGCCACAUUUUGCCCACCCUUGGGAAGGAUUGGACCCACCAGGGCAUCGCCAAGUUGUACCAUAAAGUGAGCCAAAACGGGUACAAGUUCCUCUACUGCUCCGCACGGGCCAUCGGGAUGGCGGACAUGACGCGGGGCUACCUGCACUGGGUCAACGAGCGGGGCACGGUGCUGCCCCAGGGGCCGCUGCUCCUCAGCCCCAGUAGCCUCUUCUCCGCCUUGCACAGAGAAGUGAUCGAAAAGAAGCCAGAGAAGUUUAAAGUCCAGUGUUUGACAGACAUCAAAAACUUGUUUUCUCCAAAUACAGAACCCUUUUAUGCUGCUUUUGGAAACCGACCAGCUGAUGUGUACUCGUACAAGCAAGUGGGCGUGUCUCUGAACCGGAUAUUCACCGUCAAUCCCAAAGGAGAGCUGGUGCAGGAACACGCGAAGACCAACGUCUCCUCGUAUGUGAGACUCUGCGAGGUGGUCGACCACGUUUUCCCCUUGCUGAAAAGGAGCCAUUCUUCAGACUUUCCCUGUUCAGAUACAUUCAGUAACUUCACCUUUUGGAGAGAACCACCGCCACCCUUUGAAAACCAGGACGUUCAUUCUGCAUCAGCAUAGUACGUUCCGGGCCACUUCCUGGCAUCCUGUGGAGAUCAGGCGCCCCCAUUAAAGGAUAGGUUUGGGAACCUGCAGUCAUUUGCUUAAGAGCAGAGGAGCAUUUCUCUCCCGGUGCCCCUGGCCGGGGUUGACAUUUCUAAGCGACGUGUACGUCCUAGACAGGGCGUCGGGUGCGUCCCUGGUGGGGAGGCCAUGCCCGGUUGAGGCUUCGAGCCUGUGGCAGCGCUGCCCUCCCCAGCCUGCUGCAGGUGGUAGCGGUUAGUGUGCAAGAUGGGCUGUGAAGCGGGGGUCCCUGUGAUGAUGGGAUCCAAGGAGGGGCACCAGGUGUGCACGACUUCUGGGAGAGUGGGGGACACAUCUGUGCCACGUGGAGGGCUGUGCAGGGUCCCGUGACCUGAAUCUGAGGUCUCAGAAGGGACUCCAAACCCCACCGUUCUGGGCCUUGACCUUGCGGAUGUCCCCUUGUGGUGUUUGCCGACCGGUCUGAUGGUUUUAAUUCCUCUGGUUAAAGCUAACCUAUGUAACUGGCAUAUUUUCCCCUACUUUUGUGGCACAAGGCUGGAAUAUUUAUGCCUUAACGCACCCGUGGCAGAUGUUUUAUUUAGAAUGUGCUUUUUCCAGCUUCCUGUACCUCUGCGAUGCCUUAAGUUCAGAUUAUAGGAAAUAUUAUUAGGGCAGUAUUUCGAAUCAGUUCGACACUCUGCCAGCAACCUGUCUGGCAACGCGCCGCUGAAAACGUGGGCUCGCGCAGAGCUUAUGCCAAGCGGUGACGGUGUCAGUUUCUUUUGGGAGCUCUCGACAGAAACUGGUUGGUUUUAAGAAAAUAGUUUGAAGAAGUUAAAUUAUAUUCUUUGUAGAUAGUAUUAUUUAUUACCUUACUCUGAUUGGGUUACUGCUAUAAGCAUUUUAGCCAUGUUCUUUCUAUUAUAACUGUCAGUAAUACAUUAAAAAGAUAUACGUGUUAGACCAUCCAAAGAGCCUUAUUCUGUAAUUCUCACAGCACUGACCUUCUUUUGGAAUUUAUGAGUCAUACUUUUUAUUUCCCUUAGCUUUUCCCACUCAGAUUUAAGGGCAAGUGGAUAAGUAGUCAUUUGAGUGACAUUCGUCAAGCCGGUAGAAGAUGAUUCUUUUACUUGUUUGUUAAAUUGGCCUGUGGAGAAGAGAAUAAUUUGAAAAGUGAAAGAAUUAUUUUGGUAAAAGAUUUCGCUUUUCGAGCUCUUACUUUGUUAAAGAGCGUUUUACUCCGGUGGUUGAGAUGCUCUCCUAUUUAAAUCGCAUGGUUAGAGUCCUGGAGGCACACAGUGAAACAGUUGAAUGCAGUUUUACUCUUUCUGUGAAAGAAAACCCAGAGGCGUUGCCUCCCCUGUCGCCGGUGGGCUCUGCUGGCAGCGGACGCCUUUCCCGAGCGGUUCGCGCGGCCACCCAGAGAAACGCAAACACCUGUGCGUAGCUGGUCGCAGAUUCGCGGAGCAGCACACGCCUCAUGUGCAGAUGCCCUUUUGGAGGCAUUAAAAAUGAUUUAAAAUAGUCCUGCCUUAACCUGGGCUAGCCAUUAGUGACCUUCAGAGGCUACCUUCAUUCUUUCUGUCACGAGGGUAUUUUGCGGUGAACUUUAACUGCUGUGAACUAAGUAGAAGGCGACCAGCUGUAGUCCUCUCGCAAAAGCAUGCAACUUUGGAACCCCCAAUUUUGAUGCACCCUAAGCUUCCACGCCACUGCCCUCUGAAACAGAGCACGCCUUCCAGAAAGUCGCACUCGGGUCUGUGUCAGGUUCAGAGUGUGACCCCUGGAGAGGCAGUGACAUUCACACCUGCCUCGUGGCUUCGGAAAGCGGGAUUUGUGCCCGGGCCGUGCUCACGCAUGUGCGAGCUUGUUUAUCUGUGUUCACACAACCGUAACUCAGUGACCCCAAAGCCACGUGCUAGGAUGCUGUGUUUGGGCCACACAUUUCAGAGUUGCCCGAUGGAAACGAAUCCCUCCAUCGCGACAAGUCAUCAAACAUUCAUCACACGUGAUGAAGAAAAGUAUAUGUCCCUGGUACAUUGGAGAAAAUGAUGACACCUUCAAAGAGGAGUCCCUUUUCCAUUUUAGGUUUGGAUCGCCACUUUAAAUAUAUUUUAUUUACAAUGCUUGGUCUGUAUUUGUGUAUGCUGGUACGAUGAUAAAAAUCACUGUAAUACUUCAUUGCAUUGUGUUGGAUGCAAAGCUAGGAUGUAUUGUAACAAAUGAGACGAAUGACAGACUUCCCUGAAAAUCAGGUGUGUGAAUUUUAAAUAGUUUUUGGUAAGUUAUUAAGAUGCUGAUUUCCUACUGUGUGAUAUCAAGCAUGUUAUUUUCUACUCAGUAAACAAAAAAACGAAACGCUUAA